AUGGGGAUAAGUCCACUGUGUUGUACUUCAUGUCUUUCUAUUUGCUUUGUAGUUGUAUUAGUAGUAGCUAAUUUUGGAAUAAUGAUGCAAGGAACAAACAAGUUUAGUAUCAUUGAUAGAAGAGUUAAAGCUAGCGUCAAAUAUUUUGAUGUUCCACCGAUUAAAAAUAAAGCAUGUCCUAAUGGUAUUGAUGCUGUUUGGUUAUGGGUUAAUGGAAGUGAUCCUGUUUUCCGUAAGGCUCUUGAAGAAAAUGGAAGAAAAGGAGGUGCAGGAAGGUACAGGGACUAUAAUACAUUACAAUAUUCUAUACGUUCUGUGUAUAAUUUUGCACCAUAUAUUAAGAAUUAUUAUAUUGUUACAAUGGGACAAAUUCCUGAUUUCUUAAACACUUCAUCACUUACUUUUAAAGAUUACAAAUUACGAAUAGUUGAUCAUAAAGAAAUAUUUCCCAAUAAUAAAGAUUUACCAGUAUUUAAUUCAAAUGCAUUAGAAGUUUCAAUACAUAACAUUAAAAAUUUAUCAUCAUGUUUUCUUUAUUUAAAUGAUGAUAUGUUAUUAGGCAAAAAACUAAAACCAGAACACUUCUGUAGAAAAGAUGGAAAAAUUAAUAUUUAUCAUAAUGGAUGGAAUGCUCCUGAAGUUGAAAGAAUGAAACAUAAUUUAUGGCAUAAAAGUGUUGGAACAUCAAACGAAUUAAUUAAUAAUAAAUUCCAUCCAAAAGAUUCAACUUACAAACAUCCAUAUGUUAGUCAUCAUUGUUAUUUCUUUAAAACUGAUACAUUAAAAGAAAUGGAAGAGAAGUGGCAAGAACAAUAUAAACAAACACGAACUCACAAAUUCCGACUUGGAAAUGAUUUAGCAAUUCCAUUUUUACAUGGUGCAUACUCAGUUGAGAGUAAUAAAGGUGUUUAUGUAAGAGAGAAGUGGUACUAUUAUGGUCUUGUUGAUAAUAAUAGAACAAACAACCUCAAAAUUAUUAAUGGAAUUAAGAAAAAGAAACCACAGUGUAUUUGUUUAAAUGAUGGCUUGGAUGAUAAAGAUGAAACUAAUAUGAGUAAUGCUAUUGAUAGAAUGACAUUAUUUUUAGAGACAUUAAUUCCUAAUCCAUCACCAUUCGAAAAAUUAGAAGCAAAUUAA